GUUUUAACUUAUGUAAUGAUUGACAUGUAAUGGCCAUUGUGGCCGAUUUUAUGCUUGUGUGGCUUCCUGCUCCUACAGUUUCUCUCCGACUACCACUUGCUGUUAGUGCUGGAACUAUUGCCAAAUUCUUCUAUGGCUGCCCUGAUAAUGCUUUCCAGGUGGCUUUGGCUGGAACCUCUUUUACACUUAUACAGAGAAUAGGUGCUAUAGUGCGUAAUGGAGCAAAGCUUUUCGCAGUUGGGACUGGUGCAUCACUGAUUGGUACAGGAGUAACAAAUGGCUUGAUUAAUGCACGAAAAGUCGUUGAUAAGUCUUUUGCUGAUGAGGCUGAGGACGUACCAAUAGUAUCAACAAGUAUCACCUAUGGGGUUUACAUGGCAGUAUCUAGCAACCUAAGGUACCAAAUACUAGCAGGAGUUAUUGAACAACGGAUUCUAGAACCGUUGCUGCCCAAGCACAAGCUCAUGCUAAGUGCAAUUUGCUUUGCUGUUAGAACUGGAAACACAUUCUUGGGCUCACUAUUGUGGGUGGAUUAUGCACGUUGGGUUGGGGUCCAGAAGAUACGCGAUUAGGCAAUGAUGGGUUUUCAAUUGUAAGAUAUUGUUUUCAUGGGACCAAUUGGGUUAAAUCUUGGUAAUUGAUUCAUUCUGUAAGUUUGGUGUGUUGUAAUUUUUGCUCCUCCUGACAGCAUAAUUGUACAUUCAUUAAGCGACAUCGGAGGUUGCGUCACCAAGAAGCACCAUGAGUCUCCAAUUAUCAGCAUAAGCGAUGACCAUGGAAGGUGUUGUAUCCAUCUUUCACAGCUAGCAGAAAGCUGCAGCUUGAGGUGAAGUAGUAGAGUCACAUUUUUGUAUAUGUGUAUGUGUGUAUUGUCUUCCAAACACUGAAAGAAAACAAAUUGUUGUGGUUUUCUUCCUAUUAGUUAUCUAUUUGCUUCUCAAUACAUUAAAACAGAUUGAGAUUUAUGUUUAAAUACAUUAAUAAGAAAAGUGAGA